GCUUAUCAUCGCGAUAGCUGCGACCUCGGUGCGGGAUGGCCGCGGAGCCGGGUGGAAGUGCUCCGAGGCUCCGGGAGCCGGCUCUCGGGGCCGAGACAUGGCCCGCGGCCCCGGACAGCUAAGCGGGCCUCAUUCGGACACUGUCGCCAUGCCCAAGAGAGGAAAGCGGCUCAAGUUCCGGGCCCACGACGCCUGCUCGGGCCGAGUGACCGUGGCCGAUUAUGCCAACUCGGAUCCGGCGGUGGUGAGGUCUGGACGGGUCAAGAAAGCCGUGGCCAACGCUGUUCAGCAGGAAGUAAAAUCUCUUUGUGGCUUGGAAGCCUCCCAGGUUCCUGCAGAGGAGGCUCUUUCUGGGGUGGGUGAGCCGUGUGACGUCAUAGACAGCAGCGAUGAGAUGGAUGCUCAGGAAGAGAGCACUCAUGAGAGAUCAGUCUCCAGAAAAAAGAAGAGCAGGAGACACAAAGAGGACCUGGAUGGGGCUGGAGGAGAAGAGUAUCCUAUGGAUAUUUGGCUGCUGCUGGCUUCCUAUAUCCGUCCUGAGGACAUUGUGAAUUUUUCCCUGAUUUGUAAGAAUGCUUGGACUGUCACUUGCACUGCUGCCUUUUGGACCAGGUUGUACCGAAGGCACUACACGCUGGAUGCUUCUCUGCCUUUGAGGCUUCGACCAGAGUCCAUGGAGAAGCUGCGCUGUCUCCGGGCAUGUGUGAUCCGGUCUCUGUACCAUAUGUAUGAACCAUUUGCUGCUCGAAUCUCCAAGAAUCCAGCCAUUCCAGAAAGCACUCCCAGCACACUAAAGAAUUCCAAAUGCUUACUUUUCUGGUGCAGAAAGAUUGUUGGGAACAGACAAGAACCAAUGUGGGAGUUCAACUUCAAGUUCAAAAAACAGUCCCCUAGAUUAAAGAGCAAGUGUAUGGACCGGUUGCAACCACCCAUUCAAUAUGAGGAUGUUCAUACCAACCCUGACCAGGAUUGCUGCCUGCUGCAGGUUACCACCCUCAAUUUCAUCUUUAUUCCUAUUGUCAUGGGGAUGAUAUUUACCUUGUUUACUAUUAAUGUGAGUACAGACAUGCGGCAUCAUCGAGUGAGAUUGGUGUUCCAAGAUUCUCCUGUCCGUGGUGGUCAGAAUCUGCGCAGUGAACAGGGUGUGCAAGUCGUCCUGGACCCAGUACACAGUGUUCGACUCUUUGAUUGGUGGCAUCCCCAGUAUCCAUUCUCCCUAAGAGCAUAGUUACUGCUGCCCAUCCCUUGGGACAGCUUCCAGUCUAGUCUGUUAGUAAUCAGAUUCUGUUUGGAGGGGCAGCUGGACUGUAUAUCUGAUUAGUGAUGCACAUGCUGUUUGGGUUCCUGGGGCUCCGAUUACAGGAGGUGGAAAGGUUGAAUCAAGAGGAAAAACAAGUAUGAUUUAUAAACGUUUUAAUGUAAAGUUUGCAUAUUUCAAAGGAGAACCCUGGCCUCAUUUUCUGUGUUAAACCCCAGCUGGUGCUGUUGAGUUUGUUUUAUUCUUUUAUCUCAACAAAGAUGGAUGAUCUUGCACUAGGGAAAAAAUUAGACUCUUACUUUUCAAGCAAGGAAGUUUUCCCUUAUGGAUCAGAGGAACCCAGAGGUUUAAAAUGGUUGCUCCAUUGUUGCUGCUCCUCAAAUUCAAGUGAAUAUUUUUUUUCUUUUCCCUUUACCCUUCUCCAGAAAUAAAGCAGGUGACAGGACUGUCAGAAUCUUA